UGCAAGUCUUGUCUGUAAUUUUUUUAAGCUAAGUUAAAUCUUAGUAAAGUUGAUUCUACUAAAUUAUUUCGGUGGUCUAAGAAAUUCAAACAAAAAUAUUUUUGGAAAAAUAAUAAUGAGUUCGAAAUGGGUGCUGUGCAGUUUCGUCAACUUGCUGGUUGUAAAUACAGCGUUCGCCAUCAGCUGCUAUCGAUGUGUAUCGAAUACUGACAUGCAUUGUUCUGAAGAAUUCAACCAGAAGUACUCCCAGCUACAGCCCCAAUCGUGUGACGAUAUAUUUGAGUCUCAAUAUUGCAUUAAGACCACAGGAAUAUAUGAAGGUGAAAUAGGCACCAAGCGCUUCUGUUCCUCUCGUCACCAUGGCAAUUAUUGUGAAUAUAUUCGUCGGCCUGGCGACGAUCGCGAAUACCGUUCCUGCGUGUACACGUGCUCAGUAGAUGGCUGCAACGACGCCCCAUCGUGGAAGAAAUGGAGCCUAAUUAGCAUAUUAUCAUCCGCAUUUAUUAUGAUUGUAACCCACGUAUUAUUCACCUGGUGUUAAACGAUAUGAAUUUCAUGAUUUGAAAACAAGGACUUCAAGCAACUACUCUUGGAAUGCUUUAUUGAAAACGAUGAUAUUUGUACAGAUACUGAUGGUUUAAGACGUGUAUUCCAAAGCUAUGUCAGAAAAAUGCUAUUUUCCCGAAUUACGUUUUCAAUUUAAGUGCAAUGUGGAGUUCAGGUUUCUGUUUUGUUAUCUUUAUACUUAUAUUUACCAUCUUUUCUUUUUUGUUCUUAUAUUUCUGUUGUUAUUUUCCAUAUUUUCGACUUGUACAUUUAACAUAUUUUUCAUUUACAGGGUAAUGUUUAGGUUUCUGUUUUCACCCUAUUUUCUACUUACAGUGAAACGUUUAGGUUUCUGUUUUCACCAUAUUUUCUACUUGCUGUGAGUGUUUAGGUUUCAGCUACAUAAUGGGCUAUCUACAUAUUGUUCAUCGUGGGGAAUCGAACCACGGUUUUGAAGUAUAAACAUGCGGUAACAUGUAGAUGAUAAGUGGUCCCUAACAUAACAUGUAGAUAGAUGAUAAGUGGUCCCUAACAUAACAAGUAGACAAGUGAUCCCUAGCAUAACAUGUAGAUGAUAAGUGGUCUCUAGCAUAACAUGUAGAUGAUAAGUGGUCCCUAACAUAACAAGUAGACAAGUGAUCCCUAGCAUAACAUGUGGAUGACGAGUGGUCCCUAGCAUAACAUGUAGAUGACGAGUGAUCCCUAGCAUAACAUGUAGAUGAUGAGUGGUCCCUAGCAUAACAUGUAUAUAGAUGAUAAGUGGUCCCUAACAUAACAUGUAGAUUAUAAGUGGUCCCUAACAUAACAUGUAGAUAGAUGAUAAGUGGUCCCUAACAUAACAAGUAGACAAGUGAUCCCUAGCAUAACAUGUAGAUGAUGAGUGGUCC